AUGAGGAAGAAACUCCCCAAGUCGAAGACGAAGGCCAUGGCCCCCAAGAAAGCGCCCCACGGUCUUGGCUGCGAGGACGCCAGAGCCCAUUCACCGCUGUCGACGCACGUUUCAGAAGCUUUUCCGGUUUCCCACUUCCACAUAAGCCCGUCCCAGGGGCGGCACGAUGACGUCAACGUCAGCCGCCGGCCAAUGCACCCACAGCUCCUGCGUCCUUCAGACGAUCAAAGCCGGCAGCUCAACGCGCAUCUUCGCUCUCAGCCCAACCGGCGGACGCAGGGACAUGGUGAUCUCUCGAUUCGUUUGGCGCCAGACGGGGUUUUCGAAGAGGAAGCUGACUCCAAUGCGGCCGAGAACCUGAGCCCAGGAACGUUUUUUUACAUUGCCACGGACGACCUAGAGUUCCUCUACAGGGCCGCCGACUCGGUGGUCAGCAAUCCGCCGAGCAAGAACGAGGCUAGCAAAUCAUGUGCUUUAUACUGCGGGCGCAAGAGACUCCCACAAAUCCACAGGACUAACUUGAGGGGUCACUUUCUGAAAGCAUACAGAUAUGAGCUGUAUCUGGUGCAGGCCUUCCGAGAUCGAAUGGUCGGUCUGAGCUUCGAGGUGCCCAGUGCACUGAUACCUCCGGUGACAAUGGAACAAGUGCCGGUGCCUUUCCCGAUCCGAGGGCCGCCUCCGCCGCCUCAGCAGCAGCCUGUGCCCAUGACGAUUAGGGGCUACGUCCAAAUGGGAUUUUAA